CCUUGAUUUGCGGGCUGGGUGGGGGGCAGCCAUUGGCUUCGCGGCAGUCAUGCCACUCACUGUCAGUCUGAUCAGCGGGAAGUCGGUGCUGGAUCUGCAGCACUUCGAGGGCAACGGUGCGGAGCUCCGGGAGAAAGUGGGCCGCGAGCUGCGACUCACACCGCAGCGCUUGAGGCUAGUGACCCCAGAGAACACGGAGAUUGAAGACGAAGCGACGAUCUCGGAGGAACUGACGAGCCUCACCGCCAUGGUGGGCGAAGGCAAAGAGAUCACCGAUUGGUGUCGUGACGAAAUGGUGCAUUACUCCUUCCAAGAGCUUGAAGACGGCCUCAAUCUUCCAGCUGAUGCGAUUGAAACCAGUCCCAAGAUCAUUGGGAAAGUCAUGAUGCUGGGCAUCGCGAAGGUCAACUGCGAGGUGCGGAAAGAGUAUAACAACUUUCUCAAGGAGCACAAAAAGAUCCUGAAUGCGUGUACCUACUGGGACUGGGACUUAGAUCAAGACGAGUUGGAAGAGGAGGAAAUGCAGUUCCGUUACAACCGCGGCCGUUUGGCCCCGGGCACUGACGCUCUGGGCUUGGUGAAGCCAGAAUGGACUGCAGCCAAAGCGAAGUUGAAGACCAGCGAGGAAGCGGCUUAUGCCUUCGCAUAUUUGGACGAUCGCUUAAGGAAGUCCAAGAACAACUACUUCUACUGUCGCUGGCAGGAGCAUGAGGAGAAUGGCCAAAAGAAGCGACAUCGUGUUUAUGGCAUUCGUCAGGAAUACGCGGCAGUGGAGUUUGAGAAGGUCAUGGGUCGAUGGCUGGAAGUGGAAGGUCGUUUUGAUAAGUUGGCUGCCAAGAGUUUGACCUCCUUGUGGGAGACGCGCAUCACCACACUGAUCUCGGUGCGGCAACUCUUCAGCGUGGACUCAACGGUGGACAAGGUCAGGAGUUUCUGCAGCAUCCUUCACUUGGCGCUUGAAGAUCCAGAGAAUGCCCGCACCGCAUGGCUGAAGAAACACGUGGAGACGGCGAAAAACUCAUUGAAGGAGGCUUUCAGCAAGACAACCUUUAUCCUGAGAGAGGCAUCGGGCUGGCGACAUGCUGUUGAGGAGUUUAAGGACGCAGAGAAGGCCCUGGAAGGUGUAGCUGCUGCCUGGAUGAUGACGGCCAAAGCUUCUGACACCUUGCGAAAUGGCCUGCUAAAUGCCAUGAUUGAGCUCGCGGAUGAGCGACGCGAAGAGCCCAGGUCCAUCGGAGCCAAGCUGCUGAUGGCGUACUUCCCCGAGGAUCCCGCAACAAAGGAACGACUGGCUGAGUGCGCAAAGUACGAUUGGCCCCAUGCGGGACAGAAGCUUACUUCCUUUUUGGAGGAGAAACCAGCAAUGGAGGAAUGCUUGAAGCAUUACACUGGAAUGGAGCCACUUGCAACAGAUGACCUUCCAUCUCCGCGCACUCUUGCGGUGAAUAGUGUGCGCGGCAAGCCCAUUUCACUGCCGGCCAUUCACAAAUCCCCACGGCGGCGGAGGAUGAGAAACCGAGAGCAACACCGGGAGAUACAGCAUGUGCUCUAUGACGUUGGAAGUGAUGAGAGUGAUGAGGAUGAAGACGAAAUCGAGUCGGAAUGAUGAAGCGUUUUGUGUAGGAGAGCUUCACAGUACCGUCCUAGCCUAUGCAGGUUGAUGCUGAUUGACCUC